AUCCCCAGCCUUCUAACGAAAACGAGCAUCCCACCACAUCUGAGUUUCCAAGUGACCCCGCGAACAAAGGAUUGUCCGGAGAGCCUGCUCCGCAGGUAUUUCCAUCAAAUACUCUGAUUUUCUUCUCUAAUUUUGGCGGUACCGCAGGUUCAGGCUCCUUCUGGUGAGGAAGGAAGACCUGAUCCCCAAUUAGUUGACGCCGAACUUCAGCGUGCCCGUGAUGGUACACAACACAUGCGAUCACUCGGGAAACAUGCGACUUCUAUGGCAUCCGCCGUCGACAAUGGCCCAGCGGAUCUUACUGCUGCAGACGAUUUUGAGACGACAUAUCUCCGACCCCUCAAGAUUAUCGAUGCUGUCCUUGAGAAGAUCACAGACGUACAUCCGUACGCAAAAAUGGCGCUGGGCGUGCUAUCUGCUGCAUCCAAAAUCAUAAUCGCGCAGGCACAGCGCGACCAAUCGAUUAUUAAUCUUCUCAAGAAAUUGGCUGAAGUUUACCGCUUCAUGGCUCAAGAUGACAGUCUUGGAAAAAUUGAAUCGACGCGCGAUAUCGUCGGAAAAAUCGUUCACCAGACUCUCGAGUGUGCCCCUUUCAUCAGGGACUACUCGGAGACAAAGAGCUUUUGGAAGAGACUCGGGAAAAAUGUUAUUUCGGAAACUGACGGCACGAUCAAACAGUACAGCGACGCUUUGGAUGGCCUUAUGCAACAAUUCCGGGACCAAGUCGAUCGGGACGUGGCCGUCUUCAUCCAACGUACGGGAGAUACCCUGGAUCUCUGGGAUGUCGCUUAUGCGAAGGGCGCAGGACUAGAUACCAUGAAACAGUGCCUACCAGGGACGCCCAUCAACUCCACUGAAUCGCUCAGUUUCUUCGCUGAUCGUCUGCGUUUGAUUGUUUUGAUUAGUUUUGUCGCUUGGACCAUGUCAAUAGCUUCGUUGUUGAGAUAAAAAUCAAUCUUUGUAGGAAUACUUUUCGAAAAUAAAUGCAUACUUUUUUUUGGAAA